GUUAAACAGACGCGGUGGUGUGUUGGCAUCCUGGACUGAAAAUGAGGACCAAAGUGCAAUAAACUGAUUUUUUGUUGACGUGUCUUCAAACCUAUGACUCCACUUAUCAUGCAAAAGCAGGGCAAGUGAUCGGGAAAUUCUGGAUUCAUUGGAAAAGUGCUGAAGAAGAAGAAUGGGGAGGAAGGAUGCCAGUGCGACCAAGUUACCUGUUGAUCAGUACAGAAAACAGAUUGGGAAACAAGACUACAAAAAGACGAAGACAGUGCUCAAGGCCACACGUCUGAAAGCCGAAGCCAAGAAGAACACCUCUGGAUUCAGGGAUGCUUUCCUGGUGGUUGCUGCAAUCUUGUUGUUUUUUCUGUGCAUCUACGCCUUCUUCUACCUCAACCUGAGCACCGAGAUUAACCUGGACGUGGACAUGGACUAGUGAUGUCUCUACUCCGCUUCUGUCCUCCUGCACUUUCCACUCAAAUGAGGUUAAACUGAAGUGUUGAAUUUGAAAAAAAAAUCUGAAAAAAUCUUUACACAAA